GCGAAGUAUGACAUGUACAAGUCUAUGACCAGCAAAGCGCAACCCAAACUAAACAGCCUCUUAGUUUAUGACUGGAAAUAAGGCCUCUUGUCAAGUUUCCUUGAAUGUGCUUAAUGGAUGCAUGUACAACGGUGUGGAAACUUUGGGGAAGGAGCUUUUCAUGUACUUUGGACAGAAAGCCUUGAGGAUCCACUUUGGCAUGAAUGGUUCUUUGCGUAUAAAUUUAGAUGCAGCCCAAAACCGAAGUGAAGCACUGGCAGUCCUGGAAAUACAACUUACGGCUGAUUUGGUUUGUUUCUAUGAUGUAACUGUAGAGCUUAGGAAUGCAGCUGAAAGUGGGCAGAAAGUUAGAAUGCUGGAAGUCCUAGAUAUAUGCUCUUCAAAAUUCAGUUUCUUAAAAGCAGAAAGUGAGAUUAAGAAGCAAAAGGGCCGUAUGUUAUGUGAUGUGUUGCUAGAUCAGGCAGUCCUACCUGGAGUGGGAAACAUCAUAAAGAAUGAAGCACUUUUUGACAGUGGUCUCCAUCCAGUUGUUAAAGCUUGCCACUUAACAGAUGAGCAAGUACAUCACUUGGUGAAAAUGACCCGGGAUUUCACACUACUCUUUUAUAAGUGUCGCAAGACGGGAUCAGCAUUAUACAAGCAUUACAGGGUGUACAAACGCCCCAACUGUGGUCAGUGCAGAGCAAAGAUCACAGUGUGCCGUUUAGGAGACAGUAACAGAAUGACAUACUUCUGUCCUCAGUGUCAAAACGACAAACCUCAGUUUGUGGAUCCCAGCAAACUGCCAAGAAGAAAUAGUCUAAUUGGCUGGCCAUACGGCAGGGGGUCACGUUCUGAAGAACAAGUUGCUCAGAAAUCGGAAGAGGAGUGGGCCUGUACACUCUGCACUCUAAUAAACAAGCCUUCUGUCAAAACCUGUGAUGCGUGCUUGACUCCAAGGCCUGAAGUUCAAAACCUGCAGAAUAAUGAAGACUUAACAGCCUUUCAUAGCAACUUAAUCAAGUAUCCAUGUAACAAUUUUGGAAAACCAAGAACCGAAAUUAAGAUCAACAGGAAAACUGUGUUUGGGACAACGACUCUGGUGCUGACAGAUUUUGCUAGUAAAUUCACUCCACUAAAACAGGAUGGAAGUGAAAGUCUAUCUCCAGAUGGAAGCUCUCUGCAUGAUUCUUCAAGAAAUGAUUCUAACAGUACCUACCACGAUGCAGUAAAUACACCAGUAUCCUUUCCCUUUCAAUGUAAUUCUUUAAAGCCAUCACAGAAGAAACGAAAGAUUGAUUACUCAUCUUCAUCUGUGGGGACCAUUGUUGAAAAUUUAACAAGCAGAGCACCUCCAGAUAAUGUGACAGAUGGUUCUUGUACAUUAAAUGCUGGCAGUCCUCGCUGUAGCAAACACAGCCGCUUCUGCGUUCUCCGUGUUGUGAGGAAGGACGGAGAAAACAAGGGCAGGCAAUUUUACACUUGUCCUUUACCUAGAGACGCCCGGUGUGACUAUUUUGAAUGGGCAGACCUGCAUUUUCCGUUCUGCAAUCAUGGGAAGCGCUGCAUUAUGAGGACAGUGUUGAAGAUUGGCCCUAAUAAUGGAAAGAAUUUCUUUGUGUGCCCUCUUGGGAAGGAUAAACAGUGUGACUUCUUCCAGUGGGCAGAAAAUGGUCCAGGAAUGAAGAUUAUCCCAGGAUGCUGAGCUAUUCAUCUCCAAUACCCCAACUGACGUUAAUCUUCUCAAACUGUGUGUACUAUACUGCUCUUCUCUGGGAGAUAUUUUAGGAGGGCUAUGAUCAAGUGGCAUCUUGUGAUUGCAAAUCCAUCUAAAUUAUAUAUUUGAACAUUCCUUCUUUUGUUCCUCCUAACUGCUUUUGCUACUUUGU